UGUUGGUCGUUAGCUUAUUUAUUUAUUUAUUUAUUUGUUGCAGAAGCUAUACCGAUGAUGAUUUCUGUGACACAAAUUUUAGCAAAAUGCUUGUGUGUAUUGUAUCAUGCUGUCGGCACAAGUUCUGCAUUGCCAGCCCUAGAUGUUUUCAGUGAAAUUGAAGUCACUCCCACCGAGCCGAGGACAAAAUCAGAAGUUGUAUCUGAGCAGCUGGUAAACUUCUUCAACCCAGUGACAUGUCAACCCAAAGAAAAUCAAGCAGUGGUUCCUUGCCAAGCUGGAGAGAAGAUCAACAAGACUUUGUGCUUGAAACACAAAUGCUGCUUCUCUUCCAAAAAGCACGUUCAAUUGGACUGUUACACUCCACUCAAAGACCGCCCUGAACAGACGUUGCGGAUGUUUGGCGUCGGACUAGGAGGACUGAUUAUUCUUGUAUGUCUUCCGUUUUGCUGUUUUAUAGUAGAGAAGAGUCCAUGUGCUAAUCCUUUGCGAAGAGCCCCCUCAAAAAAGAAGGAAGAAAAAAGUGAAGAGAGUGACAAGAGCGAUGAGAGUGACGAUGAUGAAAGCAGUGAUAGCCAGUCUGCAGAUUCAGUUGAAGAUGAUGUUGAGAAAUGUAAAAGCAAGAAGAAAAAGGGCAAAUAAAGCACUCAUUGCUGUUUUGACUUAUCCCCCCCCCGGUAUUUAUUCAUUUUAAACAUGUAUAUGCUCCACCUUUCCAUUUUUCAGUGCU